GUAAUUAAUCGGCUUUUUUCUACGUUUGAAAAAUCGAUUAAUAAAUAAUAGACUUUUCUUAACACUUUCGCGGACGAGUAUGCAUAGGAAUUCGUGUUUGCACUACUCGCAGUGACGGGCAUUCUUAAGCAUUCCAAUUUUACUUCCUUAUUUUGGAUAGAGGAGCUAUUGCAUUCGUAUUCCUCGUAUAUUUUCAAGAAGCCGCAAGUUUAGUGUCACAUUAUACUCAAUAUUAUCGCGAAUACUGUCCUACUAGAACGUUUUUGCACACAUAGAAAAAAUGUCUCCCCGCCGACCCCCCUUUCUCACGCACACUGACGCAGAUUGCAUAGCGUCUGUGUUUGUUUGACGCGUUCCUUCAGUCGCUCGGCUACUGCGCCGGAGAGUACACACAUGUUAUGUGAUCGAUUUUGCGCGAGCCGGCCGAAUAUUGACGAGAUAUUUUGAUCGAUAUGCCGCGAAAAAACAAAAAACUAGGUCCUAAAAUAGUCAACGUUACUCAACAAGAAAAACUGUUGAAGCUAUUUGAUGAAGCGACAGAUGAAUCGGAUGUACCAGAUGAGAAUAACAGCGAUCAAGAAUUAGAAGAGUCGGAGCGAUCAGCCGAUGAGGAAGACGAUUCUGAACAUAGCUCGGAUGUAUCAAUUCAUGACCCAUUCAGUGAUGGCGACGGCGAGUACGGGUCAGAUGUCGAUUACGUACCUGGAGAGGAAGAAAUAUCGACCGAUGGAUCGUCACAUGGAGCUGAAAGUGAGUCGUCACAAGUAAGUCAAUCAAAGAGUAAUUCCCAUAAAGUGGCCAAAGCUUCUUGUCAGUCAAAGGAUCAAUGUAGCGAAAAACCCAUGUUACAAGCCAGCUCAUCACCAAGCAGCAAAGUGCCUAAAAUUCUUACCUCUGAUCCAUCACAACACCCAGAUAAAGAUCUAAUGAUUCAGCCAAUGGUCAGUCAAAAUAAACAGCUACAGUUAGCUACAAAUACAGUAGUUGAUCAGUUACCAAGUACACGGGCAAGUUCCUUGCAGAUAAAACCAAUGCCAAGCCCUGACCAACCUUGCUCUUCGGUUAUAGAGGUCCAUGCUAGUUCUUCCAAGAAAACUACAAUACAAGAACAGCCAACAGCUAGCCAGAAUCUGCCAGUCACAGCUAUACAAGUAGAUUGUUCUCCUGUUAUACAAACUAGUACAUUGUCUGAAGAACAAAUGCAAGUACAGCCGAACCAGUCAGAUCUAAAUACACAGAAGGGUUGUUCUUCUCCCAAACAUAUUAGUUCCACACAGAAAAGUCCAUCAUCGCAAAAUCGACUCGAUACUGAUAAGGAAAUUGACUGUUCUCCAGACACACAGAUUUGUUCCUUACAGCAAAGUGAAGCCAGAUCAGUUCAGCCAGUGAAUCAGCCAGAAUGUCAAUCAGUUGCACAAUCUAAUUCAUCACAGCAAAGACAGCCAACUCCUCCUGCCAACUUGGAAAAUGAACAAAAUCUAGGUCGACCAAUUUCACCUAAUCACGUAAGCUCUUGGGAAGAUAAUACUCUACCUAUUACAGAUUUUCAGUUUGACGAUAUGAAUUCAGGUCCAACAGUACCAUUAGACAAUAACACAACACCGUUGAACGUUUUGGAGUAUUUCUUUACUGAUGAAAUGAUUGAGUUCAUUGUGUCAUGUACGAAUACUUAUGGUACAAAUUUGUGCAACUCUAAUAGACCACACACAAGGGGAUCCCGAGCACAAUCAUUCAAGCCUACAGAUGCAGAAGAAAUGAAAAAGUUCCUAGGUUUGUGUAUACUUCAAGGACAUCUUGAUGUGCCGAGCGUAAGAAAAUUAUUUACUCAGUCUGACCCUCUAUACUGUUACCCCAUUUUCCCAUAUACUAUGUCAGGUAGGAGGUUCGAACAGUUAUUGCGCUGCUUGUGUGUGUCGGAACUCAACAGUAAAGGCAUCGACAAAGUCAAAGCUUUUACUAAAAAAGUAAUAAGAAACUUUCAGACUUUAAACCAUCCUGAAAAAGAACUAUCUCUAGAUGAGUCAUUGAUGCCUUUUCGUGGACGGUUGUCAUUUCGGCAGUACAUAAAAAACAAAAAAGCCAAGUAUGGCAUAAAAUUUUAUGUUCUAACUUCUCAUGAUGGAUAUACAUAUAUUGAAUUUCGUUAUUUACGAAGGUAAGAAUACCGUGAAUGAAACCAACGCUACUGAACCAAAACUCGAUAAAUUGGUCAUGAAAUUGAUGGAGCCUUAUCUAAAUAAAGGACAUGAUCUCUAUAUGGAUAAUUUUUAUAAUAGAGUCACUCUGUCAAAAAAAUUACUGGAAUAUAAUACACAUACAACAGGCACGUUACGUAAAGACCGCAAGGAGAAUCCUAAGGAGCUUUUUAAGAAACAACUCAAAUCUGGACAACAUCUUUGGCAACGAAAUGGCAAAGUUUACGCAUCUGUCUGGAAGGAUAAAAGACCAGUGUUUAUGAUAACUACAAAACACCACCCACGACUAGUAACUACUAGAAACAGAUUUGGAAAAUUGAAGUCUAAACCUGUGGAGAUCAAUGAUUACAAUAGACACAUGUCGGGAAUAGACAAAUCAGACCAAAUGAUGUCUUAUUAUUCUACGCAAAAAAAACUAUACGUUGGUAUAAAAAGGUGUUUUUCCGAGUAUUGGACAUGAUUAUUUGGAACGCUUUCUAUCUCUUCAGAAAACAUUGCGAUCCAACAGCAACUUUACUGGGCUUUCGAGAAACUAUAGUGAAUUCGUACAUACAAGUAAACGAAAAUACGAAGGAGGCAAUGCUAAAGAACAUGUUUGGCAAGAAACACGCAAACAGGCGGCAAAGAGGUGUCGUUGAAAACGUAGGAGAAAUGUCACCUCAAAACGUGCAUUGGCCAGAGCUUAUACCUUUGCAUGACAGCUCCAAACGCAAUAAAGUUUUUCUUAAAUGUCGUGUUUGCACUAAAAACAAGAAAUUAAAACAAACUAGUUAUCGGUGCAAAGGGUGCGUAGGAAAUCCACCUCUUUGUCCAGGAUGCUUUGAGUCUUGGCAUACGAAUCCUAUAUUUAGGAUGUGAUCACUUAUUUUCAAAUAAUUUACUAGACACCUAUUUAAUUUUAAGAUUAUUUCAAUUGUGCCAUAAUAAUUAGGUACUUUAUUGUGAUUUAUAAAAGACUAAAUGUUUGAAAUAUAUAUAAGUCUGAUUAAUAAGAAUUGAAUAAGAAAGUUACUAAGAUGUUUGUCAUUUCCGAUCUAGAAGUUUUCG